AUGCACCACCACGGAGGCCACCACCAGCACCACCAUGACCACUUCACCGGCCACCAGCACCACCACCAGCACCAUCACCCCUACGCCCCUCCGCCGCAUGCCCCCGUGCAGACAUUCUCCGCCGGCGGCGCACCCUACGAAAAUCAGAUUCAGGUGGUCCACCACCACCACCACCUGAACCACGGCGGACCCGGCCAGGUGCGGGUCAAGAUGGACCCGUCGUGCUUCGGCGCGGGCCGCUUCCCCGAGUACGUGCCCAACGAGAUCCGCGGCCGUGUGGCCGACGGCGACUACGUGGCCCACGUGCGGCGGCUCAACCACGACCUGGCCGUGGCGGCGCG